CCAAGCCAAUUUAGCUUAGAAGAGAACUGUUCAAUUUCAAUUUAUCAUCUUCAUCAUUUCGAAUCAGCGAAUUGGCUGGUCUGACGUGGUGAUUGAUUGGUAGUUUGUAGAGACGUGGCGGAUGACUCACUCGCAGCAUUGCUCUCGUCUUUCUGCUCUCCCUCGUUUCAUCACUUCUCCUCUCCUGGUUCGGCCACCGCCGCCGCCGCCGCCGUCUUUUCUUCCCCGCCGCCGCUGCCCACUUACUCUUUCUUCACUUUAUUCCGCUGCCCCUCUUUUUCUUGCUUCAAUCCCCGCGACUGUCGUCUCGUCUCCCUUCUCCUCCCCCUCCCCCUCCUCCUCCAGACUUUUCUCUACGUCGCCCCUCCUUUUUAAGAGUCGUAUCGCUCAAUCUAGUCCAAGCCAGAAGAAAAAGAAGAAAAUGGCUACGAUCAACACCCGGACCGGUCAGGUCGUUGACCGCAGCGUUUUGGACUCUAUGCUGCGCCGCCGCCUCUUCUACACCCCCUCCUUCGAGAUUUACGGCGGUGUCUCCGGUCUCUACGAUUAUGGCCCGCCCGGUUGUGCCGUCCUGAACAACAUUGUCGACCUGUGGCGCAAGCACUUCGUGCUGGAGGAGGAUAUGCUCGAGGUCGACUGCACAAUGCUGACCCCGCAUGAUAUUCUCAAAACCAGUGGUCACGUCGAGAAAUUCGCCGAUUGGAUGUGCAAGGAUCCCAAGACCGGUGAGAUCUUCCGCGCUGACCACCUGGUCGAGGAAGUGCUUGAGAGCCGCCUGAAGGGCGACAAGGAGGCCCGUGGACAGAAGGUUGAGGUGGACGAAGAGAAGGAAGCUAAGAAGAAGCGCAAGUCCAAGCAAACCAAGGCUGUCAAGCUUGAAGAUGCUGUCGUCAAGGAGUACGAAGAAGUCCUGGCUCAAAUUGACAACUUCGACGGUCCUGCUCUUGAGAAGAUUAUCGCCAAGUACGAUAUCCGCAACCCGACCACCGAUGGCAACCUCCUUCCUCCAGUGGCCUUCAACCUGAUGUUCCAGACCUCCAUUGGGCCUAGCAGCAACAUGCCUGGUUUCCUGCGCCCUGAAACCGCCCAGGGUCAGUUCCUCAACUUCCACAAGCUGUUGGACUUCAACCAGCAAUCCAUGCCGUUCGCCUCUGCCUCGAUCGGCAAGUCUUUCCGUAACGAGAUCUCCCCCCGCGCUGGUCUGCUGCGCGUGCGUGAGUUUCUGAUGGCCGAAAUCGAACAUUUCGUUGACCCCGAGGGCGGCAAGAAGCACGCCCGCUUCGCUGAAGUUAAGGACGUUGAAUUGACCUUGCUCAACCGUGACGUGCAGCUGUCCGGGCGCACUCAAACCGAGAAGAUGACCAUUGGCAAGGCCGUGGAGUCCGGACUGGUGGACAACGAAACCCUGGGUUAUUUCUUGGCUCGUAUCCAGCUUUUCCUGCUCAAGCUUGGUGUGGACCCUAGCAAGCUUCGUUUCCGCCAGCACAUGGCCAACGAAAUGGCCCACUAUGCUGCGGACUGCUGGGAUGCUGAACUCCAAACCAGCUACGGCUGGAUCGAGUGUGUCGGCUGCGCCGACCGCAGCGCUUACGAUCUGACGGUGCACAAGAACAAGACUGGUGCGCCCCUGGUUGUGCGCGAGCCUCGCGCUGAGCCCUUGAAGAUUGAGGAGUGGCAGAUUGAUCUGGACAAGAAGAAAUUCGGUCCCCGUUUCAAGAAGGAUGGUAAGACGGUUGAGGCCGCUAUUGAGGCCCUCUCUCAGGAUAUGCGGGAGAAGCUCUCUCUGGACCUGACACAGAACGGCAAGAUUGAGGUGCCUGUCGAGGGUGUCAGUGCCGGCUCGGUCGAGCUGGACAGUGAGCUGAUCAAGAUUGAGAAACGCACUCGGGUGGAGAACGUGCGCGAGUACACCCCUAACGUGAUUGAACCGUCCUUCGGUAUUGGUCGUAUCUUGUACAGCAUGAUGGAGCACGUCUACUGGUCUCGUGAGGGUGAUGAAGCUCGUGGUGUUCUGUCCUUCCCCCCAGCGAUUGCUCCGACCAAGGUAUUGAUUGUCCCUCUGUCGACGCACGCCUCCUUCGCGCCCCUUAGCCAACGGCUGAUGAUGUCUCUGCGCCGAAUGGGUAUUUCCAACCGGGUGGACGAUUCAUCCGCUAGCAUUGGUAAGCGGUACGCGCGCAAUGAUGAGCUGGGAACCCCCUUCGGCAUCACUGUCGAUUUCCAGUCGGUCAAGGACGAAACGUUCACCCUUCGUGACCGCGACUCGACGAAGCAAGUCCGUGCCAGUGAGGCGGAGAUCUUGCAGGCUCUCAAGGCUCUCGUCGAUGGUGAGGAGACUUGGGAGGACGUCCGCAAGCGUCUGCCUGAGUUCACUGGCCAGGAGGUUGAUUAGACAGCCCAAUUCAAGCGAGUUUAGACCAUCAAUGGCUGUUGAUGACGGCCUUUGACAUCCCGUGUCUCUUUGUUAAUAGAGAAUUAUUUUCAUUCAAUAUCACUUCCUUUCUAGUUUAG